AGAAACUUCACCAUCCGGUUCAUGCCUAUCCCCAUCAUCGAUGCGUCUCAGGCUCUCAAAGCCAGCCCAGAGAAGACUGAGGACGCCCUGCUCAAGAUUGAGAACUACUUGUUCCGGAACCAUGAGACUCGUCAAUACCUCCAGGAGCAGGCCUACCGUCUCCAACAGGGCAUCGUUACCACCACCACUCAGCAGAUGAUUGACAGGAUCUGUGUGAAAGUCCAGGACCAUCUCAACUCCCUGAGGAACUCAGAGACAGACGUGGUCUUAAACGACGUCAAGACGGCCGAAAACCUGAUGAAGGAUGCCAGGAACUCCAAAACGCUGCUUCCUAACCUGUACCACCUGGGAGCAGCGUCCAGAGAAGAAGUCAACGGUCAGUCAGUAGGACCCAUCCAGGAGAAACUGGAGUCCAUGGCUGGAGAGGUGGCCAGGGUCAUGGAUGAACAGCUACAGGGUCUGUUGGAGUCCAUGGUGGAUGCUGCGGAGGGUCUCUGUCCCCAUGUGAUGAGGAAGACUAACCUUCGUCAGGACCUGAUCAAAGCCAGCACAGCGAAGAUGGUGGUUCCCCGAAGCUUCGUCAAGAACACCCUGCUGGAACAGUCUGGAGUCGACAUCAUCAACAAGAUCAGUGAGGUAAAGCUGAGCCUGGCUUCCUUCCUCUCAGACCGUAUCGUAGAUGAGAUCCUAGAAGCCCUGUCUGGCUCUCAGCACACACUGGCUGACCACCUGGUGAGGAAGGAGCGUCCUCUGGUCCAGCGGGAGUCUGUGGACCUGGACGUACCCGAGGAGAGGGCUCCUAAACGGGCCACCACGGAGCUGAAUGAGGCAGAAAGGCUGGAGGACCUGGAGACAUGCAUGGUACACUACACUACACGACCAUAUGUUUUGUGUGAGGGCCAGGCUCCUGUUCAUUCUGUUUCCUGUCAUGGGUUCCUCACUCAUUCGGGGUUCCAGACAUGUCUAAUCUCAGACUGA